AGGUCCUCCAGGCUUUGACCUACAUUCAGAUCAAGCUCGCUAUCGAUUUCUCAAUUAACUUCCCAGUUGGUUUGCAGUCUUCCGUGGAAGCACUUCCCAGCUCAGCACACCUUGUGAAUAAAGCGAGGAAAACCGCGAAACGCAUCUCCGUUGGUGCGGCCUGCUCAAAAUUCGUACGCUCGGCACCAAACAACAGAACGACGCGCGUAGAGUGCUCGACAUUUUUCAUAACCAUAGAAACGGGGCCCUCGACGGGGGCAGUCUAGAGAAGCACUUCUUCGAGGUGGCCGGGUCACCUCUACAGUUUGUUGUGUCAACGGAUCCAAGCAAUCGGCGGCCAAGCAAGCAAGGCCAGUGACAAACAGUGACCGUCGGCGUUUGUGAUCGUACGAAUAAACACCUUUAGUCGGCACAGCAAAAAAGCACAAAACAAAAACAACGCCAUCGACGAUGCAUGCAACAAAGGUUCAACACGUGGUUCUGAGUGCGAUGACGGCGUCCACCUCGACUAUGAUUGCGUCUUGCGCAAAAUCAUUAGCCCCAUCAUUAUCAUCCAAUCCAACGACGAUCCUAAUGCGGCGUCUGGUAGUAGUAGCCUCCGCCGCACAACGACUACAAAGUUAUCCCGCCAGCAGCAGCAACCGAAGCGCCAACAGUGGUUGGAUGCCGCCGUCAGUUACUAGCGAUCGUCGGUGGAAGCAGGAAGCCGCACACGGAUUUGAAUCGGGAUCUGGUGUAUUAAAUCGUAGAGUGUCACUCGGUAGUAGAUCUCUGCUAGCACAGACAGCAUCAGCGCGGAACCAUUCCAAAAGAACGAUCAUGGCCUCAGCAGUGAAACCGCGCCUCGUUGCCCUCGAGGAAUCGCGCCGCUUCAUGGUGGAAUGCUUUCUCAAGUCCAAAACGCCGGAAUCGCACGCCAAACAGAUGGCCGACCUGCUGGUGGAGGCGGAUUACCGGGGCCACUUUAGCCACGGUAUGAACCGCCUGGAGAUGUACAUCAACGAUCUGCACAAGAACGCCUGCAGUGGGGCGGCUGAGCCAACGAUUCUGAAGGAAACCCCCGCAACGGCUUGGGUUGAUGGGAACAACGGCCUCGGAGCGGUCGUCGGAAACUUCUGCAUGGAUUUGGCCAUCAAGAAGGCCAAGGAAGUCGGAGUGGGUUGGGUUUGUGCGAAACGUUCCAACCACUAUGGCAUAGCCGGAUGGUACACCUUGCGGGCAAUGAAAGCCGGAUGCGUUGGAAUGUCCAUGACCAACACAUCUCCACUGGCCAGUCCAACCAGAAGCAAGGAAGCCGCCCUCGGUACGAAUCCGCUUUCGGUGGGGGCACCGGCCGAAAAUGGAGACGGUUUCGUAUUGGAUAUGGCCACCACCGCUGUGGCCGUUGGAAAGAUCGAGAUCCAGCGACGCAAGGGGGAGCCGAUCCCGCUGGGAUGGGCCCAAGAUCCCACCGGCCAUCCGACAACGGAUGCAAACUUGGCCUUUGAUACUGGAUGUUUGAUGCCGUUGGGAGGAACCGAGCUAACGUCCGGCUACAAGGGUUACGGUCUGGCAGCGAUGGUGGAAGUGUUCUGUGGAAUCAUGGCCGGUUCCAACUACUCCACCAAGGUCCGCAAAUGGACACACGCUGGUGCCGACUCGGAAGCCGAUCUGGGCCAGUGCUUUGUCGCCAUCAAUCCCGAAUGUUUCGCUCCGGGCUUCGAAGGAAGGGUGUCGGAUUUGAACAGUAUUUUGAGGAACAUGCCAAGGACGGAUGAAUCGAAACCGGUUCUGGUGCCGGGCGAUCCGGAACGGAACCACAUGGCCAAGGUAGACACAGAAGGAGGCCUAGCAUAUCACGAGAACCAAAUCAAGACUUGCAACCAAUUGUCGGAACGGUUGGGCGUCAAACCGAUCUCCUUCGUGGCUUAACAAUCUCCGUCGAUGUUUUGCAUUUAAAAGAUUUGUUUUAUUUUAUACUUUACAUAAUUUUUAAGGUGCUUGUGUUCAGUGUUUAACAUUUUAGAAUAAACACUAUUCAUCGUUUAAAUAACGUGUAAACGGUA